UUUCAAAGGUCAACUAUUUCAGUGACCAAUCUCAUGUAGCCUCUUCUAGUUGACCUUGCUAUACGUUACCCUCAUUGCGUACAACUCGAGUUAUUUGAACUAAUCUAAUGUAUGUAUGCAAACUGCAGUGAGGCAGUGAAGGAGAUGAGCGGCAAGAUGCAGGAGCUGAACCUCGUGAUCAUGAAGAUGCUAUUCACCAGCUACGGCCUGGACGCCGACGAGCACCACGCCGCCGACACCGCCAGCUACUUCCGGCUCAUGAAGUACAAGGUCCCUCCCAGUCCCACCCCUGCGGACGGAAUUGGGCUGGUGGCCCACACGGACAAGAACACCCUCACCAUCCUGGGCCAGAACGACGUCCAAGGCCUGGAGAUCCAGCCCAAGAACGGCAGCUGGGUACCCGCGGUCAUCCCCGACGGCGCCUUCAUCGCGAUCGUCGGGGACACGCUCAAGGCGUGGAGCAACGGGCGGCUCCACCCGGUGCGUCACCGGGUGGUGAUACGUGGGGAGGAGGAGAGGUACUCGUGGGGCUGUUUCUUGAUGCCCAAGGAUGACUCCACCGUCGCGGUGGCCGAUCAGCUCGUCGACGGAGACCACCCGCUGAUGUACCGUCCCUUCACCUAUUCCGACUACCUCUCUUACUUCGUCCACAACUUGAGCGAUGACGCGCUCGAGCUUUACGCCGGAUUCUCUUCUCCGCCCGUCGGAGAGAGCCGCCGUACGUGCAUGGAUUAAUUACCUACUGCCUCUUUUACUUGCUGAUUACUUGGUUAAUGGGGAUUAUUAAGUAUAAAAUAAUUAAUGUUGAUGUACGUGUUUCGUAAUUAAAGUUAAUUGGUAUUGGUAUUGGUAAUUAAUGUGUUGGUUACUCGUUGUGGUCGUGAUUAUGCCUCUCUUUCGAUCUCGUGGUAAUUUGUUUUAUAUAUACUCCUAUAGAGAGAGAGAUAUAACGGAAGCUAGGGAUACCAUAUAUAUAUUAUUAUGGGAUCUAAACUGUUAUAUGUAAAGAGUGCAUGUGUAAGGAGGGGGAAAAAAAGAAACUAAUGAAACAAGUAUCCAUGC